AUGAUUGCAAACGAUGUUGAAAAUACAACUAGUAGUAGUAUUAGCAAUAUUACUACUCUUUCACAGCCAUUAACAACUGCAACAUCAUCAAGUGAUAUUUAUACAAAUUAUUCAUCAAUCAAUACAUUAAUUACAACUGAUACUCGACGAAGUGUUCGUCUUUCAGACAAAUCUUCGAAAAGACCAUCAUUAUCAAAUCAAUUAAAUAUCCAUCGAACAAUAUCUGGUGGUGUUGCUAAUAAUUAUUCACCAAAAUUAAAUGCUCGUAAACGAAAUCCAGGUGGCACUGAUACUCAAGGUACAACAACUAGUUCUAUUAGUUAUUCAACAAUGGUAUCUGAUGAUAAUGGUGGUAUUAACCAAAGUAACAAUAAUGAUAGCACGACUUAUCAAGAUCUUCUUCCAUCGGAUCAAUCUGACGAUGAUGAAAUGUUAACAAACAAUAUUCUAAUGAUUAAACAAAACUCGACUGGACUAUUGACCAGAACUGAAGUAUUAUCUUAUUUUAUAGCACAAGAAAAUGGUUAUAAAUGCAAAUUAUGUAACAACGUAAGUCUCAGUUUUUAAACUCUGAUAUGCAUAUACGAAAUAUUUUUCUAAAUAUAGAAAAAAAAAUGAAUAUAUAUGUGUAUGUGUAUGUAUAUAAAAACAGCAUUCUAGAACUGCUAUCUCGAGCUCUAUAGAGAAUAUUGUUAGUGUAACUAGUAUAGUUGAAAAUCUGUGUCUCUAAACUAACAUGCUCCACGAUGUACUC